AUGAAACCAGAUUCAUUCACCAUUCGUGCAGCAGAAGUUGUGGAGCAGGCAGAGAAGCACUGUAGAAGUCAGGGGCAUCCUGAAAUAACACCGCUACAUCUUCUUUCUGCCCUUAUUUCGGAGCGGGGAGGCAUCAUACAUCAAAUUGCGUCAAAAAAAGGUGUUGAUGUCAAGGAAAUAGAAAAGGGUGUCAACGAGGCCUUGGAAAAGCUUUCACGCCAAUUUCCAGGCCCUCCAAACUUGGGAUACUCCCGCUCGUUCAUUAGCAUGUUAGAAAAAGCACACGAUGUGAUGUCCUUUUUCGGAGAUUCGCAUAUUGCCAUAGAUGUCCUGGUAAUUGCACUAGCAAAUGUGCGGGAGACAAAGGCGAUUUUUUCAGCAGCUGGUCUUUCUCCCGUUGAUAUCGAUGGGGCCGUGAAGGAGGCUCGAAAAGGAAAAACCGUUCAAUCGAUCACAAGCGAUGCUUCUGGAGCAGGAGGAAAUGUCGCUGGCAAUUAUCUUGCCAAAUAUGGUGUCAAUCUCGUUGAGCAGGCCAUUUCAGGCAGCCUUGAUCCUGUGAUCGGAAGAGACGAGGAGAUCCGCAGAGUUAUAAGAGUGCUUUGCCGGCGUACCAAGAACAACCCCAUUCUGAUUGGGCCCCCAGGUGUUGGUAAAACCGCAAUUGUCGAGGGUCUUGCUCAAAGAAUUGCAAGGGGAGAUGUUCCUCGCACGUUGGAAUGUCAAUUACACACCCUGGACAUGGGCCUCUUAGUUGCCGGGGCAAAGUAUCGAGGUGAAUUUGAGGAGCGAAUCAAAGAUGUCCUUGCUCAAGUGAAAGAGUCUAAUGGCUCCAUCAUUCUUUUCAUUGACGAGAUCCAUCUUGUUCUUGGCGCUGGCUCUUCUGGAGGCCCAGAGGGCGGUUCCAUGGAUGCGGCCAAUCUUUUCAAGCCGAUGCUUGCUCGCGGCGAGCUUAGGUGCAUUGGAGCCACUACUCUGGACGAAUAUCGAAAGUACGUUGAGCGUGAUGCCGCUUUUGAGAGGCGGUUCCAACCUGUCUAUGUGGGGGAGCCUUCACUUCCUGAUACCAUCGCUAUGAUCCGUGGACUCAAAGAGAGAUAUGAGACGCAUCAUGGAGUCCGUAUUAGGGAUUCGGCCAUCGUAUUGGCAGUGCAGCUGGCCUCUCGGUAUAUUACAAAUCGCUUCCUUCCUGACAAAGCAAUAGAUUUGGUCGACGAAGCCUGUGCUGAUGUACGUGUGGCUCUUGACUCUUUUCCGGAGGAAAUAGAUUCUCUUCAGAGACAAAAAUUACGGCUUGAAAUUGAGGUAACCGCUUUGGAAAAGGAAAAGGACCUCGAAGAAACCAGCAGGUCUCGACUUGUUGCCGUUAAAAAGAAGCUUGCCGAUGUUGACUCCGCAUUGGCUCCUCUUUUACAUUCAUACGAGUCCACACGGGAAAGAAUUAACGAAAUGGCAGCUUUACAGAGAAAAUUGGCCGACUUGCAGGCGAAACUUGCCGAUGCCGUUCGAAAAAAAGACAAGAGUCUUGCUGCGGAUCUUGAAUUUGGGGCGAUCCCCGACGUGGAGCAGCGUAUUUCUGCGCUUCGCAGCUCGGAGCCUAUCGAUGUUAUCGAAAUGGCCAAUACUCAAUCCGAGCCUGCACCGGCAUCUUCCCCCAGUAUUGCGGUAACAGAAGUGGUCGGGGAAUCCCAAAUUUUGGCCGUGGUGUCCAAAUGGACUGGAAUUCCACUUAACCGCCUUAGCGAAUCUGAGACGGAGAAGCUUCUUUCUCUCAAAGAACGGCUUUCCUCCAGAGUUCAUGGCCAGCAGGAGGCUGUUUUGGCAGUCUCAGAUGCCAUACUGCGUAAUAGGAGUGGGCUCUCUAGACCCUCCCAGCCGAUUGGUAGCUUUCUGUUUUUGGGACCCACAGGCGUGGGUAAAACUGAACUGGCAAAGGCCGUUGCUGCGGAGCUUUUUUUUGGCGGCGGCUCUGCAAAUGCCUCGUCUCAACCAUCUGGUAGCGGUACAACGACCCCUGUUUCUUCCUCUUCAAUUGUACGCAUCGAUAUGAGCGAAUAUAUGGAAAAACACUCGGUCAGCAGAUUGAUAGGCGCGCCCCCCGGGUAUGUCGGAUAUGGAGAAUCGGGACAGUUGACCGAGGCCAUUCGACGGCGCCCCUACACUGUCGUUCUGUUUGAUGAGGUGGAAAAGGCACAUCCAGAAGUUCUUGACCUUCUUCUUCAAAUCCUGGAUGAUGGCAGGCUCACAGAUGGGCAGGGCCGUCUUGUUGACUUUACAAAUACACUCGUCAUUCUUACAUCGAAUGUGGGAAUCCCACCUGCCGCCGCUACGUCAUCCCUCGAAUUUCGACGAGCGCUUAUGGCCUAUUUCCGGCCCGAAUUCAUCAAUCGUCUUGACGACGUCAUUCUUUUCCAUAAACUGAACAAGGCUGCGCUUUUCAAGAUCAUCGAAAGACUUGGUGAAGAAGAGAUCAAUUCCAGGCUUGAAGAAAAGCAGGUUCGCGUUGUCAUUACCGAACAGGCAAAAGAGGCUAUCAUUGAGGCAGCAUACGACGAUGGCACUUUUGGAGCGAGACCGUUGAGGCGAUUUAUUGAGAAAACCAUUGUGACUCCUUUGAGCCGUAUGCUUAUUUCUGGCGCCCUUCCGAAGAAUUCAAUUGUCCAGGUUGGUGUGAUGAUGGUUGUUUCUUCUGAAGAAAGCUCUGAUGAAACGGUCUCGUUUUCUUUUGAUGUUAGCCCCGCUUUUCCUUCUUGA